AUGGCUAAUUCAUUUGACGUCAACCAACUCCCAGAUCAUCUGGACCUCCCUUUUCCUGCUGCCACGAAGCAAGCCACUGGUGUGAUCAAUGGAGUCCCAACCGAUGUGAUGUCGCUGAGCUUCAGCGAUAAGAUCCUCUUUACCAUAUCUCAAAAAGGCCGGCUCGGUCACUGGCUACAUGUCCCUCUGGGCAGUCAAAACCCAGGCACGGAUGGGGCGCACACCAUCCCAGAAUCCGCAGAUGAUGACAGUCUUCUUCCAAUGGCUAGCUUGACUGCUACUUCUUUGCUGGGGGGUCGGCUUCCUGGACAUGAGACCAUUGGUCAGCUAUACGCCCGUCAGGUGGCUAGUAUCAUUGUGACGAAGAACCCCAAUGAGAAACGUCUGCUCGUUGUUGGGAUCGGGCUUGAGACCGCCGAGGCUGAUCGCGAUGUCUUUUUUGGAAUUACGGAUCUUGCGCUUCAGUGCAUUUAA